AUGAUUUUAAAUGAAAAUGAAAGUUUUUAUGAAGAUUUAAAACGAAUUGUAAAAGUAAGUUUAGUAACAAUUGCUAAUGGAAAUGAUAAUAUUUCAAUUUAUGUUCCAAUAUUUGUUCAAUCAACUGAUUGGCAAAUUGUUGCAUAUGGAUUAGGUUUUUUAUUUAUGGUUGGAAUUUUAUGUUUAUUUUCUUAUUGUUUUAUUCAUUUUCCACCAAUAUUUCAAUUUGCACAAAAAUACGCACAAUUUAUUAGUCCGUUUGUAUUUAUUGUUCUUGGAAUUUAUAUUUUAAUUAGUUCACAAUGUUUUCCUUGGUUAUUUAAACUUAUUCAAACAGGAAAAUGGAUCGAAUCUUAA